AUGACAUCCAACCCACUAACAGCUCUCUACAAAGAGAAAAACGGCUCGAAAAUAACAACAGAUAUCUACUUACCCGAUGUCCAAUCCAACAAUAAUGUAAAAUACCCCAUCUUAAUAAACAUUCACGGUGGAGCCUUCAUGCUCGGCAACUCACGCAUGGUCUCUACCCCCCAAAUCGAGGACUGUCUAUCCCGGGGCUGGAUCGUAGUGGUCCCCAACCAUCGUCUCUGUCCUGGGGUGAAUAUCCUCGAGGGCCCGGUAGAGGAUUGUCGGGAUCUUCUGGCGUGGGUGUAUGAUGGGGGUCUGGAAGGGUUUCUACAUGAUCAGGGAGAGGAAUCGGUGAGCGUUGAUACAGAGAAGGUCAUGGCGUUCGGGACGAGUAGUGGAGGGUUUUUGGCGUUGAGUUUGGGCUACGAUGUCCCCAGACCACCCAAAGCAAUUCUCGAUUUCUACGGCGCAGUCCAUUUCACACAUCCCUUCUGGACCACGCCCCUCCCGCAUGUAGCGGAGAAGUUACCCCCAGGUCUGUUCCCGGAGUUCAUUGACCGGGUUUAUGAGGAGGAUCCUGUCCCUACAGAUAGUUCUAUCUCACUCGAGGGCCAGAUGGAGUCUGGACGGGCUAAGGGCCCGGACUUUUCGCGGCCGCGGGAUGCGUUUGCGUUUACGCAGAUUGCGAAUGGGCGGGUGUUGAGUGCUUGUUUCCCUGGGCGGGAUGUGAGGGAGAUUGAUCCUGUGUGCUGCGUUCGGGAAGGGUUUCCUGCUACGUGUGUUGUGCAUGGGGUUGAGGAUCGGAUGGUUCCGAUCUAUUUAAGUAGGGAGUUGGUGAGGGUUCUUGAAGAUAAGGGGGUGGAGUGUGAGAUGGUGGAGGUUCCGGGGGAAGAUCAUACGUUUGCGAUGGGGAUGGAGGUUGGGUCUAGGACUUGGGAGAUGCAGAGAAGGGGGUUUGAUUUCCUGGAGAGGAUUAUCGGACGAGAGUAGUUCUUAUUGGAUUGUUAUAGGGGUAGAGGAAAUGAGAUGUUGUAUUUGUAUUGGUGAUGUUCUGGCCAGCCAGUUGCAUUCACCAGAAUAUUAGGACUAAUGAGUGUCGAGGUCACCAGCCUGGAAAACAAAAACUCCAUCCAUGCAAUCUCGUAUACUCAGUAUACUCCCAAUCCAUCUCAAUGCUGCAUCGCUGAACCCAAAUAACGAAUCGCUGAUCGCUGUCGUAGUUUCGUCGUGUCUCAUGACCGGCAUCGACAGCCCUAGCUCAGUACUAGGGGCACAAAGAAUAAACCGAAAUUAAAAAAA